AUGGUUCUCUGUCCGCCGUUCAGAUUGAGCUCACGAGCAAGAUACAAGUUCACCGUACCCGCUACCAACGGUGUCGAUGACCGCCGUGAAACUAUCUACAUACUACCUGACUAUAGCUCACCUCCUGUACCGGUAGAUAAAGAUAAUGAAGAAAAUGAAGAAAUGAAGAAACAUAAUGAUGAAAAUGAAGAUGAAGGAAAACUUAGUACUGAAAGUACAAGUAAUGGAGUGCGCCUUAGUCGAGAAUCUGAUACUGAUAAUUCCAGUGACGACCCUAAGUUUAGUGUUGGGCGCAAAACUAUUUCGGAAAUAGUGCGGGCGAACACAGCAAAGCGCCGCGGUCGACGUAAGAGCGGUGUGAUCGCCCCGCACGUGCCAGCUGAUGCCACACGACUUACUGACGUACAGUUGCAGUAUGAGAAGUUUAAAAAAGAUGAAAAGUCCACGGAACAAAUAAGAAAGGCAGUUAUGGCCAAUGAUUUCUUAAGAAACUUAAUGGAUGAUGACCGCCUAGCAGCAGUCGUGGAAGCGAUGAAUCCUCAAGAGUUCCCUGCAGGAAGUCUCAUUAUCAGAGAGGGGGAAAGUGGGAGUCACCUGUUUGUUUCAGCAAGUGGACAAUUUGAAGCACUCAAAGGAGGACAAGUUGUAAAAACAUUCGGACAAGGAGAGGCAUUUGGUGAACUCGCAAUUCUUUACAAAGCUAAACGAUUCGCAUCAAUUCGAUGUAUAACAGAAGCAAAAGUCUGGGUGUUAGAGCGACGUGUUUUCCAAAAGAUCAUGGUCCGCAGUGGUCGACAAGAGCAAGAGGACAAUAUACGUUUUCUAUCAUCAGUGCCGCUACUUCAGGGUAUUCAUCCUCUCGUGCUCGGGAAAAUGUCCGAAUUCCUCAAGAGGGAGUUCUUUGCAGCUGGUACACCAGUAGUGCGGCAGGGUGAGCGUGGAGACAAAUUUUACAUAAUCCGCGGUGGCACGGUGGCAGUGACAAAGCGAGACGGUGAUAGUGGUGACCAGUUAGUGGGGACACUCGGCCGCGGGCAGUACUUCGGCGAGCAGGCGCUGAUACACGAGGCUCUGAGGCUGGCCACCGUCACCGCACAACCGCCAGGGGUAGAAUGUCUUACGCUGGAUCGAGGACCUUUCACGGAAUUUCUUGGCAAUAUAAAAGAACUGAAACACGUUUCAUAUGCAACGCCGCGAUCAUCCACACAAAAGAAAGUGUCAGUGGUCAUAAGUGAAUUUGGAUACGUGGAGUUGAAAGACUUGGAAAUUGUGGGUACCUUGGGUGUGGGAGGUUUCGGACGCGUCGAACUUGUGCAGUACAAACCAAAUCAGAAGCUCACAUUCGCACUGAAAUGUCUCAAGAAAGUCGACAUGGUGCAGCAGCAGCAACAGGAACAUGCUUACAAUGAGAAGAAUAUCAUGAUGUCCUGCAACAAUUCUUUCAUUUGCAGAUUGUAUCGUACUUUUAAGGAUUCAAAAUAUAUAUAUUUCCUUAUGGAGCCAGUGCUGGGCGGUGACGUGUGGACCAUUCUUCAGAAACAACGUUACUUCCCUGAGAACGUGUCUCGUUUCAUGAUGGCAUGUGUAGUCGAAGCCUUCCAAUAUCUUCACUCUAAAGAUAUUAUCUACAGGGAUCUCAAACCGGAAAAUUUGAUGCUCGACAAACAAGGAUACAUUAAACUGGUUGACUUCGGCUUUGCUAAACGAAUUUCUCCAAACAGCAAAACAUGGACAUUCGCUGGUACACCAGAAUAUGUAGCUCCUGAAAUUGUGUUAAAUAAGGGUCAUGACCGGGCCGUGGAUUGCUGGGCGUUAGGGGUGCUGGUUCACGAGCUGCUUGUCGGUAAACCUCCAUUCCGAGCCCCAGGGGGUGAUCACAUGAAGACUUACACGCUUAUCUUGCGCGGCAUCGAAGCAGUAUCAUUCCAUCAACGAGUUCCGAAGUCUGCACAACUGCUCAUUCGCAAACUGUGUCGCGCCGUGCCCGCUGAACGGCUCGGGUACCUCAAAAACGGAAUAGCUGACAUUAAAAGUCACAAGUGGUUCUUAGGCUUCGAUUGGGACGGACUCGUGGAACGUCGUCUUAAAGCUCCUCUGGUGCCACACGUAGCCAACGAUUUAGACCGCAGAAACUUUGAGGAGUACCCUAAGGACAAGAUGCCACCAGACGAAACAUCUGGGUGGGAUUUGGAUUUCUGA